AUGAUUGAUCGACGCAUGGGAAUAGCUAGAAGAGGGGAAGACUGGCAGAGCAUAAAGUCAUGGGAAGGUGCAAAAUCAAUAGGUGUCGGAGCUGCUACAAUUUCUUCAGCGGGAGAUGCUGUAGGUAUUGGAAACGUAUUCAGUUCAUUAAUUCAUUCUGUGGCAAGAAAUCCAUCAUUGACAAAACAGUUAUUCGGAUAUGCAAUCCUGGGCUUUGCUUUAACCGAGGCUAUUUCCUUGUUCGCAUUAAUGAUGGCCUUUUUUAUUCUAUUUUUUUCUAAGUUUAUCCUUUUUAAAGGUGUAGUCCUCGAGGACGAGGCCCCCAACAAUGAGGGGGAAAGAAGAGUGGUAUCCUUUGUUAACGUAGAUGAUGUUGGGACUGAUUCCUUGACUGUUCAGCUCUUUGAAGGACAACUUCCCUUGUUAAUGCAGGCCGAGGCUACAACUUAUAAACCACAAGCCGCAAAAGCCCGAGACAUGCAUCAAAGAAAAGAUUACAACCCCGGGGGGGAUUCCCCAUAA